AUGAAAAGAAAGACAAUUGAAAACGGGAUUUCUCCCCCUUAUAUACUUUUGCAAUGGGUUUGUGUCAUGCAUGGUCAUAUGUUGCUUUCCUCCCAACCCCUAAACGCUUUGAAAGACCCGUCUUCUAUGGGACUAAGAUCCCGCAAAGUCAGGACUUGUAAGUGCAUUCUGUGGGUGCAAAUAUUGCAUACAGGAUUUCGAGCUGCUACCACUUGUAAAGGGCAUUUUACAUCAAACAAUUCAAGUGUCUUGCGCCAAAAUUUUCAGCCAAAUACGAGGUUAGUACUAGAUUCAUUUAUGUCUAUAAUUCUACUCCGAAACUUCUGUUUUUCUAAUGAAAAACGUUCCGCGUACAUCCUUUUGCUCAAAUGUGGAGAUAUCAAAACCUCGCAUACUUGGAACUUGUUAGCGCAUUCAUGCACCGCGGUUGAAUCCCUUGAGUUUUGGGCCCACUACGGAUAA